GGUCUGUCGAUAGGUUUCCAAACAAGCUAUUUUUCUCGUCGAAACGUUUGGCAGCAGAGGAAAUCCCGGUUUUUCCUGAGAAAGAGCACAUCCCGAGCAUACAAGAUGAAGCUAGUGAGAUUCCUGAUGAAAUUGAGCCAUGAGACGGUGACGAUUGAGCUGAAGAACGGCACACAGGUCCACGGAACCAUCACGGGCGUGGAUGUGGCCAUGAACACCCACCUGAAGGCCGUGAAGAUGACCAUAAAGAAUCGUGACCCGGUGCAGCUGGACUCGCUGAGCAUACGCGGAAACAACAUCAGAUACUACAUCCUUCCGGACAGUCUGCCGCUGGAGACACUGCUGAUCGACGACACACCCAAGUCCAAAGCCAAGAAGAAGGAGGCCGCCCGAGGCGGUACGCGCGGUCGGGGCCGCGGGGCGCGCGGCGGACGCGGAGGACCGCGCGGCAGAGGCGGGCGUGGUCGUGGGAGACGAUAAAGCAUUAAAUCCAGCACUU